AUGGCCACUCCUGCCUCGCCGCCCAAGACGGCCAAGAUCAACUCACCGACAGCUGGAAAACCCAUGUUCGGUUGCGAACAUCUCGGACGCCUCCUGACAUCCAGCCAAGAUAACCUCAACCAGAGCUUCGGCCAUUAUAGGCUUAUGCUUCGCAAAAUUUUCGACAGCCCGACAGGACCGCUGCAAGCAACCAAGGAUACUAACGGAAGCGCCUCCUAUACACUCACCUCCAAUUAUCUCUGCCUGCAGUGCCCUACAAUAGUGACAGAGGAAGAUCGAAUCAAACACGGUACUAAGAAGGCUCAUCGGUUCUAUGUCGACUCUCGAACGGGCUAUCUCUAUUGCCAGAUGUGCGACGACUUGAUUUGGGAUCCCACUUUCGAGGAGCUCAGAAUCCGGAAAAUGGGGACGGCCUCGUUUUGGAGCAAGCGAGAUCGAAAACGGAAAUAUGAAGAGCCUGCUGAUCCCGUCAAGGAUGAUCCAAAGUACAUCACCUCCAACACAACCACCCCCUCAUGUCGGGCCAACGGCCUUCGGGGAAUCUACAAUGCCGGCGCAACUUGCUACCAGAAUGUUAUCCUACAAUGCUUCCUUCAUAAUCCCCUCCUUAGGAAUUUUUACCUGAGAGACGGGCAUACUAACUGCAAUGUACCGCAUUGUCUAAGUUGCGCCAUGGAUGAUAUAUUCCAAGACUUCUACGCCGUGGAAAGCACCAACGGAUACACCGCGGCAAACAUACUUUCGGGUUUUUGGAUUUCCGACAAGAAGGCGUUCGAAAACCUUGUAACGACCAAGGAGCAGGACGCUCAUGAGUUCUUUCAGUUCCUCGCGGAGGAGCUUCACGAACGCAACGGCGACGGAAAGAGGCCCGAAGUUGGAAGCGAACACAGCUGCAACUGCGUCAUUCACCAAAUCUUCUAUGGCAAGAUGCUCACCACAACUACUUGCCAGAAGUGCAACACCUCAACCGACGCUGUGCAAUCCUUUCUAGACCUUAGCCUUGGACUGGAAUCAUUGUCGCAAAAGCGGAAGAAAGGAGACCCCAAACCCCUAACGCUUCGCGAAUGUCUCGACGCUGAAUACAUUAAAUCCGACAAGUGUGAAUAUCGCUGUCAAGAAUGCAGGACCUCGCAGCAAGCGAGGCGACGCACGAGCAUAAAAUGUCUUCCAAAUGUCCUCGCUAUCCAUCUCAAGCGGUUCGAAUUUAAGCAUGGCCGGCAUGAGAUCGCUCCGUCUAAAAUUGAAACCCCCGUCCAAUUUCCCCUCGAAAUGAACAUGCUCCCUUACACCAGCAAAGGCCGUGACCUUGGUCUUCAAAAUCAUCAGCUACAUAACUACCCCGAGCUAGCACGAGCACACGAGUAUGAUCUUGUCGGCGUUGUCGUGCAUGUGGGAAGUAUUGACACUGCUAACCCAUAG